AAAUUCUGGCGUUACUAUGUUGUUAUCACCUUUAUCAAAUCGUAACCAUGUUAUUCAUAAUUCUGAAGACAAAUAUGACUUUGAAAAUUCACCAAAUGAUUAUAUUUUGAAAGAUCAUGAUAUUGUGAUAGAACCUGAUGAUAUAGAUCUUUCAUCCCCUCGUGCUCUUGCAGUUAUUACAGAGCAAGUAGUCAUUAAUGUUGAUCUACAACCACUUCCUCAAUCCAAUCAUUUUUUAAUCGAUUCGCUUGAUGAACCAGUUUCUAAAACUAUUCUUCGUGAUCUGAGAAAUAUUGUAAUUAAAUUGAAACAAGUUCUUUAUCCUAAAGGAGAACGUGAUGUUUUACGUGAUUGGGAUUUGUGGGGUCCAUUAAUUCUUUGUUUGACAUUAUCCACAUUAUUGAGUAUUGGUGCACAAAGUCAAGAAGUUACAGUAUUUACAAGUGUUUUUAUUAUUGUAUGGUCUGGUGCUGCUGUCGUGACAAUAAAUGCAAAACUUUUGGGCAGCAAGGUGUAA